AUGUCGGGCGGCGGCCGCUACAGUGCCGAGAAAUACCUGAGCAGUACCGAUGAAACGCGACAACGAGGCGCGGAAUAUCGGCUGCGAUGGGCGGGAGAGCGAUUCAUCUUAUCUGCCUUCUUUGCCCAAGGCUUGCCAAAGACGGUGGUGCGCUCUUUCGGCCGUACUCGCGCCUGUGUUUCACCACUUCCUUCCUUCAUGCCUCCACGUUCAUUUGGCCGCGAUGAAUCUGCUCUGGACGACACUGAGCUAGCGACAGAGUCACCAGUCAGACGCCUCAUGGGUAGAAUCUCAUUUAGCGCAUUCAGCCAACAUCGUCCGAGCUUCGCAUCGCGUUGGACAAACCGCAGCGAAGAACAGGAGACCGCGGAGCGACCCCCAAUGCCUCAUAUGAUCCAGUCUUCGGCAGAGACAAACGCAACACCAUUACCAGUGUUGUCAAUGAUUGUGCUGUCCAUUACCAUGCUUGGUGAAUUCCUGUCAGCCAAUGUGUCAACACCAUUUGUGUUGUUCAUGGUCAAAAGUUUUGGAGAGUUCAAAGAUGACGCCGAGGUCGCGUUUUGGACGGGGAUACUAGUGUCAACAUUCUUCCUAACGCAAUUCCUGACGGCGAUCCUCUGGGCUACUGUUGCUGACAAGCACGGAAGGCGAUUCGUUCUUGUGGUUUCAUUACUGGGAAGCGCCAUCACUUGCGCUGUGUUCGGCACCAGCACGUCCCUCGAGGAGGCGAUCUGUAUUCGGCUUCUACAGGGUGUAUUUGCCGGUGCAGUGGGUGUGGCUCGUGGCUCAGUUUCUUUCAUCACCGACUCUACCAAUGAAGCCAGGGCUUAUGCCAUUUUGGGGUAUCUACCGAGUUCCGCCAUUAACUUCGUCGAGCUGACAGUUGCUAGUUUUUGCUGGGGUAUGGGUGGUGUCGCUGGUGCUAUCGUGGGAGGAGCAUUCGAACGGCCAGCACUCAAAUGGCCCGGGGUAUUCGAGGAAACCAUCUUCGCCGCUUUCCCGUAUCUGCUACCCUGCGCUGUUGCGGCCUGCGUUACUCUAAUUGGCUCGAUUCUAGGCUGUUUCCUCGGUCCCGAUGGCGGUCCUCGCGAGGGGACGAUCCGCCUCAUUGAGAAACACGAUUCUCAUCCCCCCAUACCCGAGGAAACUGAGGAGUCCAGACCUCCAACGCCUGUAUUUGAGGAUGAUGACCGGACCUCCAUUGCUGGCAAUAUCCGCAAGAAGUUUUCUGGAUACUUUGCGAAACGUGUACCAGAUGCUCCCUCAAACCUCGAAAUGCCAUCGCCUCAGUCUGCGGUGAGACUUGACCGAACAAGAACUUUCUCAAGAACGAGUCGCGCCAAUGGGUCUGCGUAUGGCUACAGCAGCGCAUAUCGGAAUCGGUUGCAAAGCAAUGCGACCGCUAGAAGGGGCAGUCUGAGCAGUAACCUUCGUCGCCGCAGGGGAAGCAACGUCGAGGGACAUCGUGACUCCACAACGAGCGAUCUUAAUUUUGCUCAGAGGUUGCUCAUGGCCAACGAAAACGCCGUCACGAGUAUUGCGGAUCUCUGGGUUGCUUCUGCAUUGAACGUAGACAACGACGAUCCCUUUGAGGAUGAUUGGGAGGGGGACUCCAAUGACGAAGCAGAUCCGGGAGACAAUCCUGAGGAAAACACUUUGACUCCAGAACGUCGCGCAUCACGAGCCUCUGCUAGAAGGCCAUCUGCCAGUACCAGUGUCCAUCCAAAUCGACUGGGCUCUCCACGAAGCCCAUCGGGCCAAAGUCCACGACCAGUUGCGGUUCGUCAAUCGUCAUUUACCCAAACACUCGACGGGAGUCUAGGAGCUCGCCGCUUCUCUACGGUGCCGAGUAUCUUCUCGCAUUCUGGUGUCAGGACUCCUCCCGCCAUGUUGGACGCCCAACAACUGCUUCAGACUGAAACGGAUGGUCUAGAGCCGAUCUUCGAAUCGCGGCAGUCAUCCGAGCAUGACGCUGAGGCUGCCCUUGAACCUCCGCCACCCUCUUUGAUGUCCAUGCUUCCUAUUCUUGUCAUCGUACAAUACGGAAUCCUGGCUCUCCAUUCGACAACACACGAUCAAGUGUUUCUUAGCUACUUGGUCACCGACUAUGCAGGGGGUGGCUUGAACCUGGAUGCGGGUAAUUUUGCCCAACUAAUUGCGCUAAUGUGCCUCGCCCAAAUAUUCUACCAAUUCCUGCUCUACGGUCAUAUCGGCCCUCCUCGUGGCAGGUUCUCCCAUCUUGCAAUGUUCCGAAUCGGAUCAGCGCUCUUCAUACCAGCCUACCUUGUUGUAACAUUGCUCCGACCAUUUGCCAGUGCAGACAGUAAUAGUAAACCUAGUAUUGUUUUAAUGGCCGCGUUGGUCCUUAGCACUGCUUUGCGGUAUUGUGGCAGUUGUUUCGCUUACACGUCCAUAUCCAUUCUCGUCAACUACAGCAAGUCUUUUGAUUCUAUUUCUGCGUUCUUUCACGCUCAACUGUCCACAGUGACACCGCCGAAUGCAGUGGGUUUGGCCAACGGACUGGCGCAGAGUAUCGUGAGUCUAGCGCGGUGUUUCGGCCCUGUGAUCGGCGGCUACCUCUGGUCCGCGAGCACACAAGACAACCCCUCAGGCUACCCACUCGGAUUCCUGAUCUGUUCGGCUGUUUGUGGGCUGAGUGUGCUCAGCAGUUUCCUGAUAAGAUAA